CCUCUGUGUGUGUGUCCAUCCGUGUGUCAUCAUCUUUCUGAGGAUUCCCACCCACAGUUUCAGGAGACCUUCAGUCCGUCGCACGUUUUCUGUGUGGAGAGGAGUUGAAUUUUUUUCCUCUUCAAGCCCCGGCAGGAUCAGCAGCAGGCCUCCGACUGCAGAAAUUCAGAGCAGAGCCAAACAUCCCAUCAGGAUCGGACGAUGAGGAGCGGAGUGGGGCUGUGUGUGCUGGGCCUGCUGUGCCUCCACAGCUCAGUCUUUGGGCAGGAGGCAGCGGAGGUCCCUCCCGGUGUCCUGAUCUUCUGUGAUGACCCAUCUGUGGAGAAGGCCGUCAACAGCGCUGUCACCAAGUUCAAUGAGAAGUUGACCACAGGAAACAAGCUGGCGCUCUUUCAGAUACUAACUGCCAGCAAGUCAGAGAAUGGAGCGGACUCGGUGUACUCACUGCAGUUCACCAGCAGGAGGAGUGACUGUCCAGCUGGGAGCAGCAAGCCCUGGACAGACUGUGACUACCUGGCUGUGAACAGGAAGCCAAUUUCAUGCAAUGCCACAGUCCACAUGACAGAGACCGAAACAGACACCAGACAGGUGGACUGUGUGCUCGAUGAUUACGUCGUUCCAGAGCGGGCUCCGUGUUUGGGCUGCCCGCAGGAGAUCCCUGACAACUCGGAGGACCUCAGGGGUCCUCUCACGGCCUCCAUCCAUAAGUAUAACUCCAUCUCCGACCACACUCACCUGUUCGCCUUUAACAAUGUCCACCACGCCACCAGACAGGUGGUCGCCGGUUUCAGGUACAAGCUGAAAUUUGAUAUGAGGAGGACCAACUGUGCCAAGGCCGAACACAAAGAUCUCAACCACCUGUGUGUCCCUGACGAGGAGAAUGUGGAGUUUGCCAACUGUAACUCAACAGUGGAUAUAGCGCCAUGGAGACUUGAGCCCCCCCAGACACAGAUAGAGUGUCAACCAGGGGAGCUGCCCACGGUGUUCACCAGGCGCCGUCCUCCUGGCUGGUCUCCGCUCAGGAACCUUUUCUACGAAGUUCCCUCCAACGCCUCAACAAAGCCCAACCCACGAGCGAACCCCACCAAGGCUGCCAAGGAAGCUGGCAAAGAAGAAUCCUCUGAGGAGGACACCACAGCCGCCAAGCCAUCCGUCUCCCCCGACGCGUCCGUAGACUCUGUGAGCGACACCCCCUUCCACUGCCCGUCCAAGCCCUGGAAACCUUUCAAUCCCGUCAGCGUGGCAGGGACUGACGCUCCUGAACAGGUUACCAAAGAUGCAACCACCCAAGCGGCCGAACCAACUCCAGCGGGGAGCUUCGCUGAUGCAGACCUGCUGGGUUAAAUAUUUCCUCACAGGAACCACAUUUAUGUUCAAAAUAGUUUCAAGGCUUUUUUUUUUUUUUUUUUUUUGGGAGGAACAUCUUCACGAGUGUUAUUCAGAUUUCAAACUAUGAAAGCCAAAGAGUUAAGUUAAUGAAAAUAAGCAGUGUAGCCAAUUCUAGGGGCCAGUAACUCAGGGACUGACUGAUGGCAGAGCUCUGCACUGUCGUCAUUUCAAUCACUGGUAAAUCAAAGUUAGGAGGUCCUUUGGUGUCCAUUCAAUACAGAUGUGAUUGAAUGUAUAAAGUGCAUUGGAAAGCUGUCAUCCUCAAAGGAAAAAAAUGGCUAGAAAAUAAAAUAAGACUUUAUCCUGUG